CUGUGGUGGGAGCAGUUUGGUGACUCAGCGCCCGUGCUGCAACGGGUGGCCAUCAGGAUACUGAGUCAAGUUUGCAGUGGCUACAACCUGGAACGCCAUUGGAACACAUUCCAGCAGAUGCACUGGGAGAGACGGAACAAGAUUGACAAAGAAAUGUUGAACGGAUUGGCGUACGUGAAUCACAAUCUCAAUUUAGGGAAAAUGGCGUCAUUGGAUACGGACCCAAUUGCACUUGAGGACAUCGACAUGACAUCUGAGUGGGUGGAGGAGGCAGAAAAUCCAAGCCCUACCCAGUGGCUCGAUCGGUUCGGAUCUGCCAUCGACGGGGGCGACUUGAACACGCGGCAGUUCAGCGCUGCCAUUUUCGGUGCCAACGAUCAUGGCAUCUUCGGCUUGUGAAUUCAUUUUCCAUGCCGGAGUUCGCCUUAACAUGGUCUGGGUAGUGACCCAUUUGCCAAGGGAAGAUUCAAAAACAAUUGCGGAAGAAAGAUUGAGCUGCAUCAUGAUGGAUGGUGGAGUAAAAGCGACAUAUUUGGAAGUCAUGGACACUUGGGCAGUUGCUGUCGGAGAUUGUAGCUUGGGGGCCUUAGGUUUCUUGGACUUGCACCUUUUACCAAAAUGGCAUUCGUCCGCUGAAAUGGCGUCCAGACCAGGGAUUCUCACCGACUGGCCAUGGAAGGCCCUUGGAAGCUUCAAGUACCUUGUGGUGGCUCCAUGGAUAGUGGAGAGCAUAUACUCGUACGGGACAAAGUCCGAGGAGGAGCGAGACCUUGGGAACCUGCUGAUAGCAGCACUGAUGGCGUGGCGAAUGGUUCACAGCCAGAUAUGGAUAAGUUUGUCUCGUCACCGGACGGCCAAGGGCUCGAGAAGGAUCGUGGACAAGCCCAUCGAGUUCGACCAGGUCGACCGUGAACGAACAUGGGACGACCAGAUCAUCUUCAACGCCCUCCUCAUGUACCUCGGCAACAAAUUCCUCCCCGGCUCCUCUCGCGCUCCCCUCUGGCGAACCGACGGCGCCGUCCUCAUGGCUCUCCUUCACGCCGGUCCGGUCGAGUUCCUCUACUACUGGUUCCAUAGAGCCCUUCACCACCAUUUCCUCUACUCUCGUUACCAUUCUCACCACCAUUCCUCUAUUGUCACUGAGCCCAUCACCUCGGUGGUGCAUCCAUUUGCCGAGCACAUAGCCUAUUCGCUACUCUUUGCUAUACCUGUCGUGACGUCGUCCUUGUGCGGGAACCUCUCCAUCGUCUCCAUGCUCGGAUACUUGACGUACAUAGAUUUCAUGAACAACAUGGGCCAUUGCAACUUCGAGCUCUUCCCUCGUCCCCUCUUCUCUCUUUUCCCGCCUUUGAAGUUCCUCUUCUACACUCCUUCGUUCCACUCGCUCCACCACACGCAGUUCAGAACGAACUAUUCGCUGUUCAUGCCGAUGUACGACUAUAUCUACGGGACCGAUGACAAGUCAAGCGACUCCUUGUACGAGACGUCGCUACAGCGGGAGGAGGAGACACCGGACGUGAUCCAUCUCACCCAUCUGACCACCCUUGACUCGAUCUACCAUAUUCGCCUCGGCUUUCCCUCCCUCUCCUCUCAUCCAUUCAUCUCCUCCCGAUGGUUCCUCUCCUUCAUGUGGCCUCUCACUCUCUUCUCUGCCCUUCUCUCCUACCUUUCAUCGUCCACCUUUGUUCUCGAACGAAACCGAUUUCGCAGUCUCACCCUCCACUCCCGCCUCCUCCCCAAGUUUGCUUUUCAAUACACGUCACCACGGCAGUACGAGUCUAUCAACAAAAUGAUAGAGGCAAGCAUCGUUGAAGCUGAUAAGAAGGGUGUGAGAGUAGUCAGUCUUGGGCUAAUGAACCAGGGCGAAGAACUGAAUGGAUACGGGGAAAUGUACGUGAAGAGGCAUCCGAAGCUGAAGGUAAGGCUGGUAGACGGGAGUAGCCUUGCAGCUGCAGUGGUUGUCAAUGGCAUUCCCAGGGAAACGUCAGAAGUGGUUUUCAGAGGCAAACUCACUAAGGUUGCCUAUGCCACUGUCUUUGCUCUCAUCCAAAGAGGCGUCAAGGUAAUGGUGUUACGCGCCGAGGAACACCGGAGGCUCGUUGAAUUCGUGGGCGUAAGUUGUAGUGAGAAUAUCGUGCUGAUGCGGACCAACUCCCCAAGGAUAUGGUUAGUGGGAGGUGACGGGCUAAGCAGAGAAGAAGAGACGAUGGCAAAGGAAGGAACCCUAUUUAUUCCUUUCUCUCAAUUCCCACCAAAGAAAACGAGGAAGGACUGCCAUUACCACCCCACCCCCUCGAUGUAUAUUCCGGAGUCUGCCCAAAACGUAGAUUCUUGCGAGAAUUGGCUGCCGAGGAGGGUGAUGAGCGCGUGGAGAGUGGGGGGGAUAGUGCACGCGCUGGAGGGGUGGGAGGAGCAUGAGUGUGGCCACGCUUUCUUCUUUGAUAUCGACAGGGUUUGGGAGGCCGCCCUUCGCCAUGGCUUCCGGCCUCUCCCUCCUUUUUAAUUAAAAUUAUCAACACCCGUGUUCAAUUAAUUAACCCCUAAUUAAGUUGUGCCGUCUAUUUGGCAUCUUUAAACAUGUGAACGUUGUUUGUCUUCUAAGCAUACGUCGCACUUCGAACUACAUCUUCUGUGUUUUUCCUUCAUGAUGAUUUGCUGUCUUUAAUUAUAUUUUCAUAUAA